GGUAGCGGUUACCGUUUGUUGCCGCAGCCUUUGACUCAGUGUAGUGUGUAUGAUCUGAAGGGGAAGAUUCUUGCGUUGGCGAAGGAUCAAGUAGGGUGUCGGUUUUUGCAAGAGAGGAUGAGGAGUUUGGCUUCGCCAGAAGAGGUUUCUUUCGUGUUUUUGGAGUUGAUAGGUAAUGUGGUUGAGUUGAUGCUGGACCCGUCGGGGAACUAUGUUUUUCAGAAGCUAGUGGAAAUCUGCUGCGAGGAACAGAGGACCAGCAUCAUUUUGAUGGUCACAAAGCCUAAUUUUCAGCUUGUUAAUAUAAGUCUUGAUUCUCAUGGGACCCGGGCUGUUCAGAAAUUGUUGGAAUAUGUCACUACCCAGGAACAGCGAAACCUUAUUAUGCUAGCGCUGUGCCCCGGCAUUGUUGCAUUGACUAAGGAUUCCAAUGGUCUUCAUGUGAUUGAGCAUUGUCUAAAACUUUUUUCAAAUGAAGACAACAAGUAUAUUCUAGAUAUCGUGGCAAACAACUGUUUUGACAUAGCAACGGACAGGAGUGGGUGCUGUGUAAUGCAGUAUUGUGUUGACCAUGCUCAGGGUGAAACCAAAGAGCGGCUGUGA